AUGCGUUAUAUCUGGGGAUGGGCUUCGCGGAUUUAUCUUCUAAUUUUAGUAUCCACUGUGCUGGCAAAAGAUGACCCAGACUAUAAUCCAUCAUCAAAUUUCCGGCCUAACAAUGUCACUGGUCUGAAUCAGCUUUAUGCUUGGGUUGGAUCUUACUACAACGGGACCACAGAAAUCGAACUAAAUCCAACAAUCGGAUACACGCCAAACUUGACAGUAUGUCCGACUCACAAGAAGCGCACCACAAUCCUGAAAUGGAACUCCCUCCUGGCAAUUACACAGCGAGGCACAUACAACUCGGGGAUUGAUCCAGUCAAUUUAUGGCUUAUUAUGUUUCCGCCGAACCAAAACAUCUCCGCGAUGCCAUAUGAAUCGCAAUUGCUUAACGAGGGGACACCUCUUAUGUUCCCCGUCAUGUCUUCACUACUCACCUGGAAGCAGAAGAAACAGGAGAAUGCAACCGUUCCCGAUUAUUUCAACGUGACUGCAACGAGAAAUCCCAACUCUUCCUUUACUCUUUCAGGCGGAAUGUAUAACUCCCUACACCCAUUUGACGGGGACGCAUCCUGGCCUUUUACCCUCGAUAUGCCUGCAUGCAAUACCUCCCAGCAGUACGGAAACUGGAGUACGCAGGUUCUCCAGUCGAGAUGGUGGAAUACGAAAGACUGGAGCGAGUUCGUUUUACCCAAUGUCACGGUUGAUUUCGAUACCCGCACGGCAAAUUUGACUCUAGAUGGGGAUUUCCUUGCGUCUCCAUACAUCCGAUUGAAUAAUUCCGGAUAUCCGGCGACGGGUACGAUUUCUACUGAGGAUGCUCUCCAGGGUGCUAUUCAAAUUCGGUUUAGGGGUGUUGUGGACGCUUAUAAUUCGGAUAUCCUGAAUGUCAACUCGACGGCUCCGGCGUGGCUACGGACUGUUGGAUUUGGGAAUAAUUCGUUGAAUAUUGCGAAUUCGUCGAAUCGGGGGUCUGGUCUCCGAUCUACUCUGUGGAGUGCUCUUGUCGUUCCUUUCAUUGUAGUUGUGAUUGUUUAUGUAUAG